AUGAAUACUCAGAGGCCCUCAAUCGAAAGUUCUUCUUUUCAGAUGAACCAGAAUUUAACGUACACAACCUACACGACGGAUCCUCGAGCUCCUCAGGGGCAGCAGGCGAUGUCUUUUCAUCCAUCAUCGUACCAAACGUCGACAUAUACAACCUCAUCUACUGCACCCUUUCACUCCUCCAGUUCUACUGCUUUUAUUCCCAACAACACUAUCACGCUACAGCAAGCUCCUCAGUCAAGCCGUGGAGGUCAAGUCACGCAGUCGCAGAUGCGUCUCUCCUCUGAUAAUGACGAAAAACGGAUUUCCCAGCUGCUUGACACUUACUUCCUAGAUCAGCCGGCGUCAACGUCCACGUGGGCAACACCUAGUCAUCAAACUGUUCAGGUUCAGUCCAGCCAAUCACUACAAGGAUUACAGGUAGGUCAACUUACCCCGCAGAUUUCCUAUCAAGGAGGCACAUUGGUCACGACAUCAAAUGUGAAGGGUGUGAACAUGAACUUGAAACCCUCUCCUAUUUCGCCCGAUAAAGCUGAGAAGGAGCGCCUGAAGAAGGCUCGCCAAGCAGAGGCCGCUCGUAUGAGAUAUCAUCGAUUGACACCUGCUGAGAAGCGAGAACUGAAUUUGAAGAGAACUCUAGCGCAGAAAAGGAAAAGGCAGAGAGAAAAAGAACUGGAAGAGUUGGAAUCGAUUCUCCGGGAAACGAAUGACAUUCAGGAGGAUCCAGAUAUCACUGAGCAGCUUCGCGAAAAGAGAAUGAGAGCUAAAUGGGCAGAAGCGGCGCGUCAAAGAUAUGCAAGAAUGACACCGGAGGAGCGCCGAGCUCACAACAAUCGUCGGAGAAUGCGUCAGAUGCAGAACGCGUUGGCUGCCGUAAAGGUGGUUUCAGAGGCCGCCGGAGGCACUGGCGAUCCAAUCAAGGACGAAGAGGCAGUCAGAGCUCAUAUCAAAGCGCAAAAUGCGAAGAAAGCUGAGGCGGCGAGACAGAGGUAUCACCGUAUGUCUGAAGAGGAGAAACGAAUAUAUAAUCAACGUCGCACGGAGGCCUUCCGACGGCGUAGAAUGGAAGAGGAAAUGCUACUCGCUAUGCCGAUUGGCAGAAUUAAUGGUGAAGCUCUGGACAGGGCUCAACAGAUUGUUGUACGCAAUGCUAAGCGAGCAGAGGCGGCUCGACUGCGAUACCAGAGAAUGACUCCAGAUCAGAGAAAGUCUUACAAUCAAAAGCGAUAUACACCAAAACGUAGGCGUAUGGAAGGUAUGGACUCAAUGUUGUCAUCUAGUGGUGGGUCAUUGGCUGGAUCUUGUAAAAAGGAAGAGGACGCGUUGACCGCUAUUGAACGUGAUGUUCUGAAAAAGACUCAACAAGCGCAGCAGGCAAUUAUGCGUCAACAGCGACAAGCUGUGCAGGUGAUUUCACAACCGGUUGCCACUACUCCCACACCGCAGGGUGUGCAAGGAGGUACAUAUAUUAUCCAGCAGGGAACAUCAACGCCGGUUACGCAUAUCGGACAGGGUCAAGUGCAGCAGAUUCAACUUGCUUCUACAAAUGGUGUAACACAUCAACAAGUCGUGCAUACUGUCCAUCAGGUUCCGGUGCAAGCUAUCCAGGGGCAACAAGGCCCUCACGUCACUGUUGGUCAACAGCAGAUGAACCAACACCCGAUCUAUAUAACGGCUGGGUCGCCAAGGGAAAGCUCAUCGCCACAUGGUCGAGUGUUGGAAACGCUCACACCCGCUGAGGUUUCGUCAUUUUCACAGAGCAACCUUGCGUUUCAUCCUCAGACAACUACAUUUUACACACCUGCACCAACAACGUUUCAUGGCGACUCAAAUAAUUUGUUCUCUCAGGAUCGCAAGGGUGAAUACGUAAUGAAUGGAUGGACCCACUUUCAGUUACUGGUAUCGCCGAAUAUUAUGCCCUCCUCUACAUCAGAAGACUUAAGUCCGCAUAGCUCCUUACAAAGUCGCCUUCCAGAGCUUUCUACAUCCAUUACCACCUCGGAAAAUGGGCUGCUUUCAUCUACCUUAUCUAAGGAGCAUCCUGCUGUGGCACAGGCGGACCAAAUGAAUGCUUUCAUCGACACCUAUUUUGUGGAACAUGAACCGAGCACCUCCUCGCAGACAGUUGAUAAUAGCGACCAUGAACAUGAUGAAUAUGAUCAAAUGGAAACAGGUCUCGAUCAGGAUGUGGAGAGUAUUAUAAACAGAAAACAGAGAGAAGUUGAACGUAGGAAGCGCGACAGAAAGGAACUGGACGAAUUGUUACACGACUCCAAUGAAAAUAUUGAUCUACAAAAAUAUCGAGAACAGCGAUCAAAAAUGAGACGCGCGGAGGCAGCUCGAUCUCGUUAUCAGCGCAUGAGUGAGGCGGAGAGAAGGAUUUAUAAUCAGAGGCGACGGCUUCGUGCGCUAGGACUUGAUCCUGAUACCCCUAAGGGUCAAUUCAUCGACAACGAGGCGAUUAGAGAACACAUCAAAAUGGCGAAUGCGAAGAAGGCUGAGGCGGCGCGGCUUAGGUAUCAUCGAAUGACUGCAGAAGAAAGACGUGAGUAUAACCAGCGGCGCACGGAAUCAUUUCGAAAGCGACGAGUCGAGGAAGAGAUUCUACUCUCAACCCCAGCUGGGCGAAUUUCCGCUGAAGCGUUGCAAAAGGCGCAGCAGAUUAUGAUAAGGAAUGCCCGUAAAGCUGAAGCAGCACGAGCACGAUAUCAGAAAAUGACACCUGAGCAACGAAAGGAAUAUAAUAUGCGGCGAGCCCAAGCGAAAAAAUUACGAGCCCUCGGUCGUGGAGGAGCGAUGAGUUCGGAUUGUUCCAUAGAUGGCAGUAUAACAGACUCGUCAGGGUUGAGUUCCUCAUUCCAACACAAUAGCGCAGUGUCGUUGCUGGAGUCCGGCGAUAUGUCCUCGUCACAGGAACAUCUAAAUUCUUCAAAUCCUCAGGUUACGCAAACCACGGAUGAUAUUUUCGAGCAAAUGGAGAGAGAGGUUAUCAAGAGAACGAAACAAGCCCACAUGGCUUUGGCUCGCCAGCAGCAACAAACGCAGGCAAGUCGCUUCAACUCUGUGGAACACCAACUCAUCGAUGGAGAUCAAGUUUUAAUCACGAAUGAUGGUCAACUUGUAGAUGAUAAGGUUUACGUGCAGCCGUCACAACUUAUCGAUGAGAAAGCGCUGCAUGAAAUGCUAAUCACUGGUCUUGAUGCUAAUGGACAACCUGUUGAACUGCGAACUGUGGACGGCACACUCAUUCGAGGAGAAGAGCAGCUUCGUGCAAUAACAAAUGGACAACCUUUUCUCAUCCACCCACAGCCAUUGCCUUUAUCCAAUGUAGAGGAUCAGGGCAAGCCGUUGACUUUUGCCAACUCUCAGGAUCAGAUAGAAUUGGUACCGUCGUCAUCUUCUAUGGUGCUGGAGUCAUCUCAUGCUCUCUAUGCGUCUCAUGAAAUAGUGAUUGACGACAUACCGGAACAACCCCAGACAAGUCUACGGUUUCAACCGCCGCUUCAGCCGGAGCCGUUGCGUCGGCCAUCUGUUCCUGUCUCAAUGGGUGGUAGUGGCAGCACAAGCGGUCUCACAGUGGCGGAGCGGAAUGAAAUCAGCAAAGCGAAACGUGCAGAACGAGCAAGGAUACGGUUAGUAAUUGUGUUCGCUCCUCGCUUCAAUACUUCAUCGAUUAUUUGUUUGAAGAUACCACAGUAUGCGACCGGAAAUUCGACAGCAACAAAACGCCAAGCGCGCAGAGCUCUUGCGAAAGGCUUAAGUAAUCGCAUUCAUAUGUUCCAGGCUCGGCAACGGGAUGAGGAAUUAUGUCAUUUGGCCGAAACUUGCCAACUAGAUACUCUUGACGAAGAGACACGUCGGGCGAUCGCUGAAGCGCAGAUGAGGCGCGCUAGAAGAGCCGAGCAAGCGAGAGCGAAAUAUCAUCGAAUGAACAGUGAGGAACGUAGACAGUAUAACGCAAUGCGGGAUGCUCAAAGACGUCAGAGGAAGCGAGCACAAGAAGAGGCCCGUCAGCGAGCUCAGUUGAAUGAAGUUUUAUCGACGGAAACUGGUCUCAGUCCACACUCAUUGUCACCGUCAGUAAAUGAGUCAAUCUCGCCGAAUAGUCACGGUUUAUCACCCGGCGGUGCGGAACCCGGUCAGAUUAUCUACUCAACCUACGAAAUGUAUCAAGAGCCAAUGACGCAAUGGGAACAAUAA